AUGGAAAACUCAGUAACGUCCACCCCAUGUCCUUUGGAGAGAAAUCAGUUGACCUCUCCAGCCAAGGUCACUCUGGUCGCCAUCUUAGCCGUGUUAGCUCUCGUGGGGGCUGUCGGAAACACCCUCACCAUCCACAUCACCCUGGCCAACCGGAAACGGAAACGGAGCGUCGACGCGUUCAUGAUCAACCUUGCCGCUGCCGACGUGCUGAUAGCUUCUGUGAUGAACACCUGUCAGAUUGUGGGAGUCAUGGCACCACAGGUGCUUGUUACACACCCACUGAUCUGUGAGGUGAUUGGUAGCAUCUGUGUUACCGGUUGUGUGGUUUCCCUCGCCACCGCCGCUGCCAUCAGCCUGAACCGGUACCUGUACAUCGCCAAACGGGCCUGGCACGACGCCAUCUUUGACAACAAGUGGUCGGCCGCCAUUUUAGCCUCGUUCUGGAUCCUGGGCGUCCUGUACAACCUGCCGAUGUGGCUAGGCUGGGGUAACCAUGGUUACGACUACAAGACGAUGAACUGUAUGUACGACCGCGCCGCCCACUACCAUUUCACCCUGCUGUUCGUCCUUGGCGGCCAUGUUUUUCCCGCCAUCACAGUUGUCGUUUGCAACGGUCUCCUCGUGCGCCACAUCCGGGCAACCAAGCGAGCGCUUGCCGAGCACCUGCCGAAGGCGAUGAUACGAGCCGACGACGUCCGAGUCAUGAAGACCCUGGGGAUCGUGUGUACUUCGUUCGUGCUCGGGUGGCUGCAGUACAGCGUCGUGGUGCUGGCGGACUACCGGGACCAGUGGUCGCAGGCCGUCCACUGUACGUCGUUCGUCCUGGCCCACUCUAGCAGCACGCUGAACUGUCUGCUGUAUCUCGUGACCAAUAAGGAGAUGCGACAAAAAUAUCUGGCCGUCUUUUGGAAGAAAAUAAAAGACAGCACUAAUGAUCUACGUCACAGCUCUGUCAUGGAUGUCAACGGCAAGCGUCGAGCUUCUGCCGAGCAUCCGGAGAAGGCAAUAGCUCUGAGAGGCUUUAACAAUUUGGACUGGGACGCCUAA